AUGGUUACACUGUCUGAUAAGUUGAAUGGAGUUUGGAUCAACUUUGUUCAUGUUUUCCAAAAGAACCCACUAAAAAGUUUGUCAUAUACAGUUGCCUCAUCGAUUUUAGUAUAUCUCAUUACACCUUCUAUAUUUAAUUUGGUAUUUCGAAAAUCAGUUUCUAAUGAAAGAAGUGAAAGGAAGGACAAGUACACAACUGGCUUGGUGAAUACAAGCACAGAAUGUUAUGCCAAUUCAUCUGUCCAAGUUCUGGCAUCAUUAUCUAACUUUACCAUAUACUUGAACAAAGUUAUCUCUAUAUUCGAACUUGAAUUGAAGAUUGAAAAGGUUGAAAAGGAUGCCAAGGAAGCUUUUGACACCUACCUAUACAAGGUCAUCCCAGUUCAUUACGCAUUAUGUCAAUUGUUAGCAGAUCUCCAAGAACUUAUAGAUAGACCUAGGGAGAGAUCUGUUUCAAAUUUCAUUAGGAUAUUAGAGGCCAGUAUCCACAAGAGAAUUACUGGAGGGCAACAAGAUGCUAACGAAUUGACUCAAAUAGUCCUCGAAGUACUACAGAAUGAAUUAGAGAGUUUAAAAAAAUAUGUCAAUAGAAUGGAACUUUCAAUUGAAGUUCCUCGUUUCCCCUUUGAGGGGAAACUUGCAAGUUACCUGAGUUGUUUAAAUUGUGGUCAAACUUCAAUACCUAAUAUAUCUACAUUUAAUAUAUUACCAAUUCAAACCCCACAAGAAUAUUCAGCUGAACUAGAAGAAAUCAUAUAUGGGAAUCAAAUUGAUCAAAUUACCGAUUACUCAUGUCUAGUAUGCCAAACGAAUGCAAUUUUAAAGAACGAAAAAACAAAUGGACACAAAGGGAAUACCACUGAUGAGCAUGAAAUUGUUAAAUAUUUGGAAGAUGUUCUACCUGUACUUAGGAUAAAUGAAGAGUUAGAUUCCAAGACAUUAAAUUACAUCAAAUAUUAUAAUAAAUAUGGAAUGAAAAGUGGGAAUAUCAAGAGCACAAUUAUUAAAAAAAAUUCAAUAAUUGAAACGCCCAAGAUUUUAAUGAUUCAUUUAUCUAGAUCAAUUUAUAAUGGUAUGGUUGCAGUUAGGAAUUCAUGUAGGGUUCGAUUUGAAGAGAAAAUGUCAAUUGAAAGACAAACGACUGAUGAAAAAAACGAGAAUUUAAAAAUUGAACUAGUUGAUUACCAAUUACAAAGCAUAAUAAAACACACAGGGACACAUAAUUCAGGACAUUAUCAAUGUUACCGUAGGAAACCAAAUCUAAAAAGAAAUAUUACCACCAAAGAAAUAAUCAACUUUUCACCAGUGAUCUCACCAGUGAUCUCAUCGUCAUCACUACAAAAUUCAAAAAAGGAUAACAGGAAAUUGAAAAGCAUCAAUAAAUACCCAUUUUGGAAGAUAUCAGAUACCAAAAUAAACGAAUCUACUCUGGAUAACGUCACUGAUAAACAAAAAUCAGUAUACAUUUUAUUUUACGAAAUGAUUACAUAA